CUCAGUUAACUCACUCCCUCUGCGCGGACUGGGGAGGUGAUCCGGCUCUAGAUUUCUGCAGGACUUCGCUUCUGUGCUGCCCAGCCUGGAGGAGGUCAAACUUGCUCCUUUUCUUGGACAGACGCAAAAGAGAAUAUAACAUGGACGUUUGCGUGAAAACUUCAUGAAGAGGCCUUGAUUCUCUAGCAUCAGCGGAACACCUCUCCUGGCGCAUACCUGUGCGGACUUGUCUUCAGCCCGUUAGGUGAGACUUCAGAGGAGGAGGAGAAGGAGGCACACCUUACUUACCUUUUGUGACUGUACGGCGCCCCCUACCCCUCCCUUUCCUCUCCUCUUUCUCUCUCUCUUUUCCUGACACUGGAGGAAUAAUCCAUCUAAUCAGUGAAAUGUCGGUAAAUGAGAGAGCCACGCGAGCGCUGAGGGAGAUCCUACAAAACCCGGGAAAUGACAUCUGCGCAGACUGCGGCGCGCCGGAUCCAACAUGGGGCUCUUGUUCCCUGGGAGUAUUCAUCUGUCUUGCCUGCUCGGGAAUCCACCGUAACAUCCCUGAUGUCAGCAAGGUCAAGUCCUUGAGCCUGUCCCACUGGGAGGACCACGAGGUGCAGUUCAUGGCAGAGAAUGGGAAUGAGCUGAUGAAGAGUAAAUAUGAGGCUGCUGUUCCGGUCUACUACUACAAACCAACGCACAAAGACUGCCAGGUGCUGAGGGAGCAGUGGAUCAGAGCAAAGUAUGAGAGGAAGGAGUUCACUGAGCCUGGGAAGACAUUUACAUAUGAGGAAGGAAUACGAGACGGCUUGUUGAUGAAGAGGGGGCGGGACAACGGGCAGUUCCUCAGCAGGCGAUUUGUCCUUUCAGAGAGGGAGGGGACUCUGAAGUACUUCACCAAAUAUGACGCUAAAGAGCCCAAAGCUGUUAUCAAAGUGGACACCAUCAACGCUACUUUCCAGCCUGAGAAGAUCGGCAACCCCAACGGCCUGCAGAUCACCUACCUCAAAGACUACAGCACCCGCAACAUCUUUGUCUACCAUGAGAACGGCAAGGAGAUUGUGGACUGGUUGAAUUCAAUCCGUGCAGUUCAACUCCACUAUCUAAAGGUGGCGUUCCCUGGGGCGACUGAUGCUGAGCUGGUGCCCAAACUGACCCGAAACUUCCUGAAGGAAGGCUACAUGGAAAAGACCGGACCCAGGCAAACAGAAGGCUUCAAGAAGCGCUGGUUCACGCUCGACCACAGACGGCUCAUGUACUUCAAAGAUCCGCUGGAUGCUUUUGCCAAAGGUGAAGCGUUUUUGGGGAACAAAGACCAUGGUUACGACGUCUUCCCCGGCUUACCUGCCGGCACCUAUUGCAACGGCGCCUGGCAGUAUGGUAUCACCAUCCAAACCCCUGAACGCAGCUUCCUGUUUACAUGUGAGACGGAAAGCGACCAGCAGGAUUGGCUGAAGCAUUUCGAUGCUGUCAUGAAUGCUCAGAUGUCCCCUCAGGAGUUCACAAUGCAGGCCUUGUUCAAACACAGGCAUUGAUGGACCAGAGAUCCUCCAAGACCAUCUCCUUUCUUCUCACAGAUCUGAUACAGGAACAACAUACUGACUCCUUGAGGGAUUUUGGAAACAAACUUAGCACAAAAAGUAAGGAAAUUUGUGUUUGGUAGAUUAUU